UGGCCCGAUGCACCGGGUGUGUAGAGUUUUCUCUUGAGGACCAAUGGAGUCAAAGACAAUUCAGUAUGAAGAUAGGCAGGAACUGCUUCUCCAAUAGAGAUCUCCGAUAACGCUUGUAGGCGAUGUCAUGGCGACGUUGGCUAGCUAAGCUCAUAGAUGCGGUAAAAAAAAAGUCAAUGAACUUGACCAAAACAAUGGAAUUGCCAUGGAAACGCGUGGGUGAAAGGGCGGUUGGGGAAACCGCAUCAAUACGGAGAAACACGUCAUCGGGUCUAACGGUCGAUUCGACCGGUGCGAGUCCUUCAAUUCAAAGGCACUCCUUCGAUGUAAUGGUGUUUUUGACAAAAAUGAAAACGUGUCAGUCUGUCACUUUCAGGAGGUUGGAGUAAUACCAUGUUCAACUAAAGACGUUGCCUCGAAUCUAGAAAAUUAACAACUAAGGAAUCAUUUUUUUCUUCUCUCACUGACUUCUGAAAACCCAAACCCCGGCCUGUUCAUCUUGUUCGGUCGAGCAAGCGUUCCCGAAAGUCUCGCGAUAUUGCAUCUCUGUGUUUAGAAACUAUGUGAUGGAAUUGUUUAACUAACAAAACUCCGUUACCCGGGGUACCGGGCCAUGCAAAUCGAAUUCGACCAAUGUUGCCAGAAUUUACGUUAGAGCUGGUGCUCUUCUUAAGUCAGUUUUUAUACCGGUUUAGACUAGGGGGUAAGUGUAUUUCAAGUCAUAUUUUCUGAGUUUUUCUAAUCCAUUCUCGCUUCAUAUUAGUUUAUGUAAUGCAUAUGGGUGAAGAUAUCCCAUCAUAUCGUCAAGAUGUUUUUAUGUAGCGUAGAAAAAUUUACGCGCGGAUGAUAAACGAGCCCAUGUUGCGCAUACCCGUGACCGACGUCAUCGACAAAAUAUAAGGCUCAAAACGAAUCCGGAAAAUCGCAAGCUUGAUGAAAUAAACAUAAAUCCUGCGUACUUGUCAAAACUGGAACGAAUCAAACCUUAGAGAUGGUCAACUAAGACGUCCAAAUCAUAUUUCAUUGGCUUACUUUUUUGCUUCAAAGUGUGGCUUCCCAGCAAAUGUGUAUUUUCACGAGGGGAAAGUCUUGAGGUUUCCUUGGAAGAAAAAGUCCCAGGUGACGAACUGGCGAUUUACCAGCUGGGACAAUCGAUUAUUCAUCCUCUUUUAGACAAUAGAACUACUUGCCUGUCUGCCCUUGCUUCUGAAAUAAAUAAAUAAAUAAUGAGAUUGGCAGGGCCAAUGCGAGCUGUGGCUGUGCUGCUAUUGCUGGGCCUCACAUGGGUGUUAGCCAGCUCCAUACUCGGAGGGGACAGCAGCUCAUUGGUCAAACACUUCUUCAGUGGGACAAACGAGGAGCCAACAGCUGAGACCAAACCACGCAGGUACAAGUGUGGUCUGUCGGCUCCAUGUCCUCAGAAACAUCUGGCCUUCCGUCUUGUCUCUGGAGCCGCCAACGUCAUUGGGCCCAAAAUCUGCCUGGAGGAUAAGAUCCUUGUGAGCAGUGUCAAGAACAAUGUUGGCAGAGGACUAAACAUUGCUUUAGUAAAUGGGGUAUCGGGAGAGCUCUUAGACACUAAAUCUUUUGAUAUGUGGGCAGGAGAUGUAACUGACCUGUUGAAGUAUCUACGGCCCCUACAUGAGGGAACACUUGUGUUUGUAGCUUCCUUUGAUGAUCCUGCCACAAAGUUGAAUGACGAGGCACGUCGUCUGUUUGAGGAGCUGGGUAGCACAGUAGUGAAGGAGCUCACCUUCAGAGACAGCUGGGUGUUUGUAGGAGCCAAGGGAAUCGAGAACAAGAGUCCUUUCGAACAGCGUAUGAAGAACAGUAAGAGCAGUAACAAGUAUGAAGGCUGGCCGGAGUCUCUCGAAAUGGACGGCUGUAUCCCCCUCCGUGCCCCCUUAGAGAAUUAAACACUCUCUGCAGGUACAUGUAUCCCUUCCUCCACUCUCUCCUAAUGAGUGCACACUCAUCAUCAUGGAUUUAACGAUGGUGGGACCCCUCCAGCCAAUGCUUAGGCCCGACACCGAUCCAAUGCUCUUAAUAACGCGGAGUGUGCAAGACAAGUGCACAUUUUGGGAGACGGGUGGAGUGUUGGAAUGCAGACCGUUUAAGGACUAGCACCUUUUGAGACCCAAUGUUUCUCUGGUUCUAAGGUUAGCAACACAUAUCUAUUUGAGAAACUGUUGCAGCAGAAGCAUGGACGAUGAUUGUUUGACUUCCUCGAUUUCCAGGCUUCGUCGCGUUCAUUCUGAUUAGUGAGACUUGGGAUGGACUGGGACCAGAAUUAUAUAUAUUUUUCUUUCAUUGAGGCCCCUGUUAUUAGCCAAACAAUGAUCAUUUUGUGCAAAAACAACCAUUUAAAACAGGCCGAAUGGUCUUAAGAUGGACCAGCCCAUCUGGCAUUUGUCAGAACUGCCCUAUGGCCAGUCUGUCCCUGAUGAGACUCAGGAGUAUGGUAUUGGUAAUGUAAGACAACAGUUAAGUUGGACAAAAAAAUGCUCUGUUACAAAAUCAUGGAACUACAGGCUCCUACAAUACUUUUUCUGUUUUUGGUCAAGUAACACAUGCUGCAAAGGACAUCCCUUGAUUGAUUGGAAUCUCACUGUGACAAUGCUGGAGCUCAAUAGGCUAGCUUGACUGAUGGUUGAAGCAACUGUUUGCACUUGACAUCUGAACUUGGCAUUUAUUUAAUCAUUUGAGGCCUAAUAACUUUGCUGAAAUAACAGGUGACCACAGAUCGAGGUAAGGGAUAUUUCAGAGACCAAAUGUUUGAUGACCAAAUGCAUAGAAGUGGAAAAAGGUCCAAAAAAAAUACAUGUAAAUGCUUGACAGAAAUGAAUAACUGAAACAAGUUUAAAAAAAAUAAGAGGCCAGAGAACACUGCCUAUCUGAAUGGACAUUGACCAGAAUACAAUUUAGGUAUAAUAGAUAGUAAGUAGUUUAUGAGCAAUAUGUUAUUGCUGGCUGUUCUAAGAUCUGUUUUGUGCUAAAUUAAGAUUAAAAUACAUUCAUAUUUUGUACCCUAGGUUUAAUAUAAAAAAAUUAACGAUUUCAAUUAAGUUGUGGCUGUCUGCUAUAGUGCCAACUCCUUGUCAUUCAUUGUCAUGUCAAACAUUUGGCUUGACAAUGGGCAAGUGCAAUUGAGUUGCAAGGGGCACAAACACAUCUGGGACCAGGCUAAAGUGCUGAAAAUUCCCACCUUUUAUAGAUAACUUGCUGUGCAGCAAUCAUUGUUUGUUUAGCAAAUGUAUACAGUGUCUUUGAGUAAUCUUGUGUAUUUGGCGUGGAAUAGAACUAGCCUAGUCUAGAAUCCUAAAGAAACUUGUUUUUACACCUCGUAGGCUAUAUUCAUGAAUUGUACACUAGAGUGACGACAUUAGUGCCUAAGAUAAAUAUUAUCUUUUGAAAUUGUACUGUUAGGUAACAACACUUUCCACGUGUCUCAGGCCUUGUCUUUAUUUUGUUAUUUGUGUAACUUUAUUUGCAUUUUCAAAGACAAUCUCUUUCCCUGGAAAAGGUUUGAUAUUUAUCUCAGUUUCCUCUUUGAAUUUGAUAGUAAAAUAUACAUGAUUUGUUGCAUUUAGAAUACACUGAAAACAAGCAAACCAUAAUGUUUUAGGUUUUGGUCCAGAAAUAGACAAAGUGCUAUGAAACCAAGUGUACUGUAGAAUUCUUAAUAUUCAUUUUUGUGACAAACUAUUUUGUAAGUUAUUAAAAGAUCUCAAUAUUCUCUGUGUGCUGUGCGGUUUAGCCUGAGUGCCAGUCUGUGCGAUCAUGCCAAAUCCUUGUCAAUGAUUGUCAUGGCUUGGUAAUGGAGUUGGCAAGAGCACAUACAGAUCUGGGACCAGGUUAGCUGUGGGUCAGUAAAUUAAAAUACUACCUAGAGUGUAUUUUAUAGGCAAUCCUUUUGUGAAGUAUGAGUGCAUGUAAAGUAUGUAUUAGGCAAUUACUGUCAUGCAUUAUGGGUUGAUGUAAGACAAUAUGAAAGAUUGAAUAAGCUCAUGUCAGCUGAACUUAAAGAAGAUCAGAUCGUAUGUAUCAAGUGUUGCCGAGUAGGAGUGCUGAUCUAGGAUCAGGUUCCCCUUGUCUAUGUUGGGCAAAACUGGUCCUAGAGCAGCACUCACUCUUUAGACACAUAACACAUACAGUACAGCCCCUGGUCCCUCCUGUCCAUGUAAUCCUGUGAAUUAUGCUUAAAAAAUAAAUCGAUCAGGACUCAGACGCUUGAAACAUGCAACAGCCCUAGACCUGUGGGAAAUUGUUCAUGUAUAAUGUCGCAUCAUGCUUCAGUCUUGCACUGUGCAGCGACAGCGGUCAUUUCAUUAGUACACCAGGGGGCGCCAAAAUACUUGUUCAUAUUGCACUUGAGCCUCUAUAGAUGGGUUGGUUGUUUAGCAACAAAACCAACGCGUGCGCAACUAUGGGACAAAAUACGGUUGUCUUAGAUAUAUGUAAACUAUAUUUCGUCUCCAAUGUUUGAAAUUAACUUGCACUUGUCUCUCAAAUAAAUCGUUACAGUUGGUUGAA